AUGGCUACCGACCCAGACGGCGACUCCCAAAUGGCCUCCUCGCCCGAAUCCUCCCACGGCCUCUCCGAAGACUCCCACCCAGGAACCCGCACUCCAACCAACAAGCUCACCAACCCGCGUCCUCCUCCCUUCGGCGGCUCAGAACUCUCCCCGCCCGGCUCACAAACGCAAACCGCUACUCUGAACUCGCAGGGACAGAUGUCCUUCAACCCAAGCCUAAUUGACUCCCCGCUCGCGACGCAGACAACUCAGCAGGUACAACAGCAGCAACAACAGGGAGAGCAGAUGGAUGCGCCGGGCGCGUCAUGGAUGAAUAAAAGGGCGGAGGAGGAGUAUCAGCGCGCGUUGGAGUAUGUGGUUGAUCAGGAGUUCAAUCUGGUCAAGAUAGCAUUUGGACUGGGUGCCUUGAACCAGGUUCAAGCCUAUGGGUCUGUAGUAUGUUCUGAUGAAAAGGAUUUGCAAGGCCCUUCGUCACUUACCGCCUGCUACAUGAAAAGGCGUAGCGGCAGCAACAUCUAUCGUCGAGCCAGAAACACCGCAUUUCCAUGA